ACAUCCUAUGGGGCCGUUACAGCUUGCUGAUUUGGUACAUCGGAUUCCAAAUAUCGACCUUCGGUGCUGCUCGAGCGUAUGGUAGACGCUCAGUAUCUUGGAAAGAAGAGUGGACGGGGAUUUUACGAAUACAACAACUAAUCAUUCGGUGUCUGUCAUGUGAAAUGUCCAAUUUCAUUCAUUCAUCCAAGUCUAUUAUUAUCCACAUCGCCUUGAACUUCACAAAUGCCUUCCAAAUCACUUAUCGACCUCUCGCAUCCGCUCACGUCACAGACGACUAUCUACCCCGGUGAUCCGCCUUUUGCGAUGCAUAGCGUCUGCAGUAUUCCUACUGACGGAUAUACCGUGCAUGCGGUCUCGCUCGGUACACAUACCGGGACACACGUUGAUGCCCCAUUCCACUUCUUCGCUCAGGGCCAGAAGUUACACGAGCUUGCUCUCGAGCGAUUCGUGGGGCGUGCUUUGGUCGUCGAUGUGAGGCACCUAGCACGGGCGAGGGGGUGUAUUGAGUGGAGAGAUGUACAAGAGAGUAUCGAUAGGGCUACUAAUCGCGGGACGAUCGCUUCCCUUGGCCCGCGGUCGGAAGGAAAGAUCGAUAUGGUGUUGUUCUGGACGGGGUGGGACGGAUUCUGGGGCGAGCGGCAGUACUUUGAUCACCCUUAUUUUGGGAGAGAUGUGGCGGAGGAGCUUGCGGAAAUGGGUGUGCGACUUGUGGGUGUUGAUACGCUGAGUCCGGAUGAGACUGUUCUAGUGCAUGAAGAAGGAGAGGAGGGGAAGGAUGCGUUUGUGAUGCAUGAUGUGCUAUUGGGUCGUGGAUGUUUGAUAUGCGAGAAUCUGGUGAAUCUGGGGCAGCUUGUGGGUGGAGAAGAGGGAGAAGUGUGGGUGAGCCUUGUGCCUAUCAAUUUGUAUGGUGCGGAUGGGGCUCCUGUACGGGCAUAUGGUUGGAAGGAGAAAUGUAAGUAGAUGAAUGUACAUUCUUGUCGUGAAUACAAAUAUAGGGGAUCUCAUGACC